UCAACCUACGAUCUUAACACGAUACGGGACGACUUUGUUUUUAUUCCAUUUUAAGUAUUUUAACUAAUCGGGAACGCCCCAUAAUGGUUGAUGAUUUGCGUAAAUAUUUGAACCAUUUACUGGAAAAAGUAAAUGGCUUACAUAGCAUAAUAAUAACGGACAGAGAUGGAGUCCCUCUGGUGCGGGCGGUGACUGAAAGAGCGCCGCAGCUUGCCUUGAGGCCUAACUUUAUAUCAACGUUCGGUAUGGCGACCGAUCAAGCCAGCAAACUGGGUUUAGGAAGAAACAAGACUAUCAUAUCGAUGUACUCCAGCUAUCAGGUGAUACAAAUGAACAAGCUGCCCCUAGUGAUAACUUUCAUCGGUAGCGACAACUGCAACACAGGUCACAUCCUGUCUUUAGAGAGUCAGAUAGAACCGUUCUUAAAGGAUCUGGCGGCUGUGGUUCAAGAUGCGCCUUGAGAGUAAAUGAGUAUAGUCAUAAAAUAAAUAUAAAUCAAGUCAUUCUAAGCUAAUUCUAUACAGAUUUUGAAGUGGUAGAGUGUGUCAGGGAGCAAAACAGCCACACUUUUCAAUUUAAAAUCAGUCCAGAGUUAGCUUAGGCCACUGCAUCUGUCCAAUUUUUAAUCAAAUAUUUUUUUAUCUCUCAUAUUUUACUUAAUGAGAGAGUGGGAUGCAAGGUUAAUUUUGAUUAAAAAUUGGACAGGUAAACGCCACACUUAUAUACUGUCAUAAUACAUGUAUGUAAGUCUGUGGCAGUCCUUAAAUGUAUACUAACAAUGUAAUACGUCUAUUUCAAUCAGUCUCAAAAAUAAAUGGCAUGUUUAUAUUUAACUUUCGUCUUCAACAAUAAUUGAAACUUGUUUAAUAAUAACUAAACUAUUUAGUUUUGAGACUGUCAAUUUUAUGUAUGAGUACAUUCACCGUCAAUAAUAUCAUCAAAAAGAACACUGCAUAAACAUCUGACACACUUAUGGCUCUAGAAAUAAGAAUGUGUCAGAUAUUUUUGCUGUCUUCUCUUUGUGCAAUCUUAUCACUGCUGACUGUGCAUGAAUAUGUCAGUGUUUUGUAAAUAUUUAAUAAUAAGAUAAUUAAUGUCACUCUAAAAUGUUUAUCAGUAAUUUAAUUCUUAUUUUUUACUCAGUGCCAAGUUGUGGCCAAUUUGAUUUUUAUUAUUGUUCAAACCUUAUUUUCUAUUAAGAAAACAAUCGUUAUGUAGUAAAGGAUUUCAUUUAUUCAAUGAUAAUUGUAAAACAUCAAUAGUAAAAACUUUUGUACAGCAAUUUUAUCAACAAUAAAUAAUAUUUCAUAUUUACAACAUUUUAUACAAUCUCAAUUUUUGGAAGCUUUAAUCUCUAAUCAAAAUCUUAAAUUGUGCUGAUGGUAGCCAAGAACAAGAUCUUGUGCAGAAAA